AUGCCCUCAAGGACGAUAGCUAAAAUCAAGCUGCAGUCGGAUGAUAGACAAAUAUUUGACGUCUCCCAGCAAACCUACAAGUUCUUUAACACCAUUAUGUCGAUGGUUGAGGGUCCUUUUAGGACCACAAAGAUUGAACUAGUCAUUCCGGUACCGGACGUGAACGCCAGCUGCCUAGAAAAAGUGUUGGAAUGGGCAGAAUACCAUAUGGACGAUGAUCCGCUAGAAGAGAACGACGGCUGCAUACCGGAUAUUGGUGAAUGGGAUCGAAAGCUACUUCAAGUCGAGAGGAAUGUUCUCAUGGAGCUAAUUCUAGCAUCUGACUAUCUUGGCAACCAGAGAUUGUUAGAUAUUACAAGCAGAGCAGUCAUCGAUUUAAUAAAAAACGAACCAGCGCGGAACGUUGAAGAUAGUUCGACGCUGGAUGGUGAGCAACAACAAAAAGAUUAUGUCGUAGAGUAUGAGACUGAUUCAGAAUCUAAUGAUGAUGAUAAAUAA